AUGCGUAUUCCCUUUGGAGCGAAAGUCCUCUAUUGGGCCCCGAAGAAGCAACGCAAGCCUGAACGAUCCAAGUUUUCUGGCACAGGGAUUGAAGGUAUAUUCCUUGGGUACCACAUCCAACCUGGUUUUAUCUUCAAGCUUGAGUACGUUGAACAACUUAGCGAAGACCUGGAUGAAAUGUUCCCAGAGCUAUUUGGUCCUGAUCGUGAUAAAGAUCCUCCGCCGAAGGACGCGAAAGAAGCCACCCGCAAGGGUGAGUCAAAGUCUGAUUCCCGUGCAGCAUUGCUUGAUGAUGUUCCGUUCUCUGUGAAGCAGAAGCUGAAGUCCAGCGCAGCAGUAGCAGCGCAAGAACCACCGUAUGGUUAUACGUGGAGUGGGGAAUGUUUGGUCAAGAAGAACAACAAGAACCGCCCUAACGCUAUUGAUCAUACUGCAUGGAAGGCUAUGUCGAAAAGACAAAGAGCAACAGCAAUUGCAGAACAUGAGAAGAAGCUACAUGAGGAGAAUGAGGCACUGUAUCGUGAAGCUGUAAAGGCGGAUUGGUGGGACGGCGAAACCUACUUCGACCUCGCAGGCCGGGAACAGUCUGAUUUCGAACUGGCAGUUGCAGCUGCCCGCAAGGGCAAGCCGGUUCGUAACAAGUCUGAGGCUAAAAAGGAGGCGAAGCAGAGCAAGUUUGUUGGGCAUUUCAAGCUACUGAAUGUUGGUACAGCCGAACAAGUGGCGGAUGUGUUCACGAAGCCUUUCACUGAAAAGAACAAGUGGACGCAUGCUUUGAAGCUUAUUGGACAUACAACCAGCGCGAACGUAGCCGGGUGCAAACCCGAGUCGAAGGUCGAGGUUGACAACAAGGUUUCGGUAGCAGCAGCUCCGGAUGCAUCAAAGGUUGUCGAGGACUUCGCUCAACAAUCGUUCGAGGCUAACGAUUACAGCUUCAAGACCUUCGAGAAGCUAGCCCGCAUCCACACGGAUAAGUACAAUCAGAAAGAAUCGUACAACCUGACGUUCUCCUUCGCUGGUUCUGAUCUUCUCGACUUGCCCGAAGCGACUUCUACGAUCCCCAAGAUGGCAGCCAUCGUUGUGAGCGACGAGUUCUGCAGGGUCAACACCUCCGAAGCAGACAGGAAUGGAGUUACCAAGGCCAUGAAAACCAUUCUCCAAUCCGCCGCCCUCAACAACGAUAUCAUUUCGCUCGGCGCCGAUCAUGAGAGCCAGCUCUUGGAGUCGGCGUACAGCUGCGUAUCCACACAAUGCGCGGCUGGGGUAUCCUUGACCCAUGCCGACGCAACCUGUGUGGCUCUGCGCCAGAUGGCUGACCUCAGUGACGAGGGACUCGCCAAGUUGAAGCCAACCGCAAGGUUGAGCCCCAAGGCCAAGCGAGCCAUCAUAGUCGUGUCAGACAGCUCCACUGCACUCUGCAAGAAGAACAGGCGGGGAGUGUUCGUUAAGGCCGACUUGGAUGCGGAAGUGAACAUCGCAAGCUGGACGCUGGGAUGGGCACAGACUCGCUAUACCAUGUGUUGGGGUAAAACCUUGGCGUGGAUUGUCUGGCAGGUCGAGGAGCAUGUGAAGGAGCUCCGGAGCAACUAUCCGGACCACACCAUCGACGUGAUCUGCUGGUGGUGCGGGAACGAGAUCUCCGGCCAGUGGGGCUGCAUCCCCACGCGGCUAGGACCGGGACUCGCCCACAGAGAUCCCAAUGUCACAACGGAGACCGUCGCACGGAAAGUGAGAAGGGCAGCGGAUGUUUUAGCCGCCCUCGCGGGCGAGCCGGACAUUGGUUUUGUGAAGGUGAUUGGGCAGGUGGAGGCGGACUUGUUCCAACUCCACUCAGCCUACAACGACUUCAAUGCCGCUAUGUUCGAAGAGUUCAGGCAGCGCGGUCUGCAAGUGCAAACCGCAAGCUCCUUGGUCGAAAAGCUGGAAAUGUAUGACAGCUUUCACGCCAGCGAAGACCCUCGCAACCGCGAGUUAUUCCAGACCUACUUGCAUGCGACUUUCAAUGCAAGCAGGAGCGAAUGGCUUGCCCAGAAGAUGGCACCCUGUGUCAGGGCUUUGCUUGUUCGCUAUGAGCACUUUGAGACUGGCUCCGAUGCCAACAAUCCAGUGCUCGAGGAUGUCUUCAAGCAGUGGCGUGCAGAGAAGGAUCAGCUGAUGAACCCGAAACAGGCCAAGCCAAUGCCGGUCACCCAGGAGGACAAGAUGUGGGAAGCCCCAGAUGCCGCUGACGCAACCGACGUCACUAAGAUCUCCGAGGGGCCACCCAUGGAUAAAGCCAUCCGCAAGGAUGUGCCAAGGAUCGGUGCAACCACUGACGUCAGUGCUGUUGCGGAAUGCGUCAAUGACAUCGUCACCCAGGACGCAGACGGCAAGGUGUCCUACAACACCCCGGGCACGGUGGAGCUGGUGGACGAGGGCGACCAGGUCGACCCUAUCCCCUCAUCGAUUGGACGUGUUGUUGAGCCAGCGCCUCCGAAGAAGACUAAGAAGUCUGAUCGAGACGAGGACGCCAUGCGACGGCUCAUGUUCAUUGAUGAAAGCGCCCCGCAAGGGGCUGCCACUGUGCCAGAGCUUCCGAAUGAGUACUUCUACAACGGCAAGAAGCACGUGACAUUCAAACACGGUGACCUGAAGUUCCUCACCAAGCUGCUGCGUGGCCAUGAAAUGGACGACUUCCCUGCAUUGAUCUUUGACCGUGGGUGCUGGGCAGACGUUGACACUCUGCUCCAGGUCUUCAACACGGCACGGAACGCACGCUGGGGUGUGAGGCAGCUGCUACGCGCAGCGAAAGCCGAUAAUAAGGGACGGAUCAGACUUUUGGGCAUUGAUGUCCCCAUGAAGGACACCCUGGGUCAACCGCUAUUCCCUGUCAGAGUGAGGAUGGCCCAAGGGCAUAACUCCAAGCUCAUCGGCAAUAACCCGGACGCGGACUUCUUCCUCGCGACCAGGUUCUACAGCGGAUUGUCCGAGUACGAGGCCGACCUGCAGAGCAGCGUCAGGGGGGUCACUGUGCUCUCCCGCGAGGAUACCCCCCCGAAGCUCUACCACCGCACGAAUGAAAAGGGAAUGAAGGGUAUCCUCCGCGAUGGAAUGAUCGCCGGUUCCGCAAGGUCAGACAGGUCCCACAACUACCUGUCCCCGUACAAGUUGGACGACACCCACUACAAGAGUGGAAUGCGCUCCAACCAGCCGAUCGAGCUGACGAUAGACACGCAGCGCGCAAUCGCCGCUGGAUGCGUUUUCUUCGUCACGGAGACCGACGGCGUCCUCACACGGGACAAUGUGCCUCCCGAUUGCGUGCUGUCCGCCAUCGACACCAGCAAAAAGAACCUCCCGCUCUAUGUCGCCGAGCACAAAGAAGCCGCCCGCGAGGGUGAGCCAGAGCGCAUUUUCCGCGCAAAGCGCGACUAUGAGGAGGCCGCAGCAGCAAGCUCAUCAUCGGCACCGCCCCCAAAACAGGCGGCUAUCGCUCCCAAAGCGAUCGCUUCAAAGAAGAUGCCGAAGGUGGUUCCCAAGCCCGCCGCAAUCGCUGAAAAAGACGAAAGCAUGGACUUGGAUGAAGCCACCCGCGAGGGUGAGCCUGCUGAUGCUGCUGGUGCAUUCGACCUUGACGAAACCAAGGUUGAGGUUGAGGUUGAAGUCGAUGACACAACGGAUGCGGGUGAGGAUGAGCCUUACCCACUUGGCUCUCACCCAUGCCGCGAGUGCGCAGCAGUCGUUGCCAAUGGCAUGCUGUUCUGCCUCCGUUGCAAGGCUCCCCAGACGGAUGACUCUAAGAAAAUCACAAAGCGAGUCUUUGAGAAUUCGAGACUCCGCCAGCGCCUUCUUGCCACCGCUGCGACCGGAGCCCAGAAGCCCAUCGAUGAUCUCCUUGCGAGUGACCUUCGAGGCCUGGGCGAGGGACCAAAGAAACGUGGUCAGAUGAGCGCAGAGGCUGCCGCCAUUCGUGACGCCAAAGACCGAAAGAUCAGGGCCGCCAAGUUGAACUUUGACACCGUGUCCGACCGCUUCGAGAAGGACGCGCAGUUCAACGUGAGAAUGAUGCAAGAGGGCCGCAGCCUUGAGGACAUGCAGAAAUUCGAUCACCUGUCGAACGCUGUGCUUCCCGAUCCAGGACGCAGCGAGGAGCAGCGCUACUUGCGUGCCGGCUCCCAUUAUGGUGGUGGCAAUGUCCCGCCUGCGAAGUUGGUGGCAGCAGUGAAUGACGCUGCGAAAAGGAUCCUGACUUUCGACGGCGAGGUCUAUGUGUCGGCUACCACAAUUGAAGGCAUCACAACUGAGAUCGGACAGAUUCUUACCGAUAGCCUCCGUAGUGCUCAGAACCAGACAGAUCAAACGGAACGUCUGGCAGAGCGCAAUCGCCAGGCUGCAGUCCAGAACCGCCCAUCCCAAAAGGGACGUGGUCGCACGACAGCACCUGAGCCAAUGUACAGAGGCUAUACUCAGGCCCAGUGGGACGAGUACUAUCGCCAGCGUCGUGGAGGUUACACUCAGGCCGAGUGGGAUGCAUGGAACCGCACCCACAGGCUGCAAGAGUCGGCCUGGCAUCGUCGUGGACGGACGUGGGCCCGAACACAUCUUCGAGCUUUCUUGGGCGACUUAGUGCCCUGGGGCGAGCAGACCAAGCUCGCAUUGAGAUUGCUGGAGACACAUCACUCUGCUUCGGUGCUACCUGGACAGGUGAGGAACAAGCUUGCAGAGGACAGUGGCCAGGAAACUAUGUCACAGCCCUGGCGCUGCCGAAACUGCAAGGUGCUGUGCAAGCACGCAGCACAGUACUGCCAAUCGUGUGGGGGACAUUGGCAGCAGAUCUACGAACCAGCGCAGCCAACGACACCAGGCCGCGGUUCCAGGGAUGUAUGGGAUGGCGGGGAAUGGCGUGCAGCCACCCCCCGCAAGACGAAGUCGCCGCGGCGGCGCGAUCCCAAAGGCAAGGGGCAAGCGCCGAAAGGCAAGCAGUGGCCGCAAGCCCCGGGGAAGGGGCCCAAGCCUCCUGCUGGGCCAACCUCGCAGGCCCCGGCGCUCUCCCAGCUGCCUACCGCACCGCAGCCGGUGGCCGUGCGGAUGCCCAAACCACAGACGGAGGUUUCGCAGCCCGCACAGCCCUCCGAAGACCGCAAGAUGUUGGAAUCCCUGGUCGCACAGAUCUCGACGAUGGGAUUGGAGAUGAAGCCGGAGCUCGCGGCGAUCAUCGACCAAUAUCAGUCCGACAGCCACCGGAGUCAGGGGCGACAAUUACACCAACUCGUUGCGCUCCAGACGAAGGCCAAACGCGAACUACACCGCAUCAGCGCAGCUGACGGAAAGACAGACAGCCUCGAGAAGUUCGCGACGACCGAGGAGGCAUGGACAAAGCAACUGACGGAAGCCUCCUCACAGCUGGCACUCUCAACGGGCCGUGGGGUUAUGAACAACCACACCGAGCCCACCGAGGAGGCCAUGGACCAGGAGGACCGAGACUUCGAGGAUGCGAUGGAGGCAGAAAAUCAGCACCGCCACGAGCAAGAGGUGACCGCACAGAAGUACAAGGACCUCAUGGAGGUGUUGCAGAAAGCCCAGCAAGGAGUGGUGCCAGCACCAAGGGAAGGAUCGCGCACGCCGAGGCGCAAGCGCGAAGAUGCUGGGACCAUCCAGUCCUCGGGCUCCGAGCAGGAGGAGGAGGACUUCGUCUCCCCUUUUAUGGCGCAGCUUCUGGCAUUACAGUCUUCGCUUGCUGUGUGCCAUGAUACUUGCAGUGACAUCUUCGAGAUCCUGCAGGACCGACGACACGAGGCGUCGCUUGGGGAAGCGCACGCCUACAACUGGAGUGCACCAACACAGGGCUGUCCUGAGGAAAGGGGUGGCUCGGGCUUCCAGGUUCCCGUGCCGAUGGGACAAAGCACGGUGGAGCCCGAAGUGCUCGAGCCCCCGUGGCCGCAAGGAUGCCCCUGUGUUGCCGCUUAUGAGGGGAGUUGUACAGCUGUACAGGGAUCAAGUAGGCUGGUUGAGUUGCCCGUGCAAACCUCGUUGCACCUCCACCCGCACUCUCUCCCACUCCGGGUCUGUUUCGAACCAUCUGACCUGACCAAUCUGAAUCAUUGGUGCCGAGGGCUCUCCCGCCUUUCAGGUUGCAAGUUUUCUGCCAGUUCCAAGGUCGGUUCCUGUCGAGCCUUGACUGGUUCCUGCACGGCGCACCGUGCAAGCCCUGCCCUCCCGUCCGCGGAGGUUCCACCCAGCCUCACUGCCCAGUCGCAGCCUGUGCAGUCACACUGGACUAGCACGGCGCCGCCUCCUUUCCCUUGGUCGGCCCGCGCUCUCACGAGUCCGGCGACGUGUGCUAUUGCUUCAGCUGUCAAACCGCAUGUGAGCACUUUGCCCCGUCGGCCAACAACGCUCCAAUGUACAAUCACUGCGCAAAUUCCACUUGUGCCAGAUGUUCUUGCGGGACGCCUAUACAAUGAGUGCAUUGAAAGCUUGACAGCGUACACUACCUGCCCGGAUUGGGACGGAUCGGGGCAUGCCGCCUUCACCGUCUUCGAUCCACCCCAUGGAGCGCGCACCAGACGCUCACACCGGACUUGGACCCUCCUCGAGUAUGUCGCUGAUGCUGUUACCAGCGCGCCAAUGCGCGUGAGGGCCAUACAGCUCAUUGAGCGCGCUAUGCCUGGGUUACACACACCCCAGCUAACGCUGACACCUAGGGACACGGAGGCACACCAACUCGCUCUGCCAGUCGAUCUGAGAGGCCAAGGUGGCAGGGUACACACACUAGUGCUGGCUACCGGUAUGUCUGCCCAGGACGUACUACGUGAAGCGGCUGAUGCCACCCGAGGCCGUUUGGAUGCCCUAUCAGCAAGGCCAUGGCUUUUCCGUCUGGUUGCUUCUGAUGGCAACGCGGUCCUGGUCUUACAGGCACCCCUCUCGCAAUAUGAGUGGUUCGAGGUUAGGUCACAGGUUGCCGAUGACCCCGCCCCGCCAGCAGAUUUGCAGGGCUCCACGACCAGCACCACAACCACGCCUGAUGAUUGGGAACCUCCUGAUCUCUCUGAGCUCGAACGCAUCAUGUCGAGCACAGACUCUGCCACCCGACAGGUUCUGCCGAGUGACCUUCAGGGUGUGGAGUUGGCACCUAGGGGCGUGUACCAUGAGGCUGCAUUCCGCGUCCCGUUGGCACGUUUGCGCAUGCUCCCUGCCAUGUGCCCCACCCUCAAUGAGCGAAGUGUGUCCAGGUCAGUCACCUUUACGGUCUUUGUUGCCGCACAUGCACCGCUAACUGUCCAAGGCAGUGUUGACUGGACGAUGAUUGACUUCAUGCGGACCAGCGCGCAAUUUGCGGAAACGCCGCUUCAACUUGGCGGCCCGCUGGGGUUAUUAUGUAGGUAUGGUGGUUAUUAA